AUGUCCUCCCACCACCGUCUAUGCUGGCUCUUGCUCGUCUUUCUCGCUAGCUUUCAUGCGGUCUCAGCGCUCAGUGCACCGGCACGGCCUCUAAAACGCGUAGGACAUCCGUCGACACUUUCAAUAGACAUUCUACCCCGACGGUCGCCAACAGGCAGCUAUGGGAAGCGUUCCUUUCCGCUAGAUUCACCCGUCCUCCGCUACUCCGACUCCUUCCGCCUCACGCUCACUGCGUUUCACGAGACGUUCCACCUCCAUCUCCGCCCGAACGAUCACCUCAUCCACCCCGCCGCGCGGAUAAACUACUACAAGACCGACCAGGAUGGUCAGCAGAUCCUCUCCAGCACGCGACCCCUCCUCCGCGAGUCCGUCAAGGCAUACUGGGGCGAAGUGGUUCCCGCACACAUGUCUGCGGACCGUCUCCGGGAGGAUACCGCAGGGGUGACCCCUCGGCCCUCGGGGCGUGAGCUCGGCUGGGCACGCAUCACAGUGUACGACCAGGGCGACGCGUCCGCAGGGCGUCCACCCGUGUUCGAGGGCGCGUUCACCGUCGACGGCGUCACGCACCACGUUCAGACCAAGGCGAACUACCUCAGGAACAAGCACGCACUCGACCCGCACAUCGACCUCGUUGAAGACCACCCUGAAAUCGGGCUCGUGAUCUGGCGCGACUCGGACGUCAUGAACCGGCACGAGCACGCGAGGGUCAUCAACACCGCGGUCGACUCCAAGGCGGUCGCCGACGGCGAAACUUGUGGCCACGAUCAUAUGGCUUUCAACACGGACCCGCUCCAGAACGACGCGAUCCGCCGGCGGGCGCCGCCGGGCUCACCGUGGUACAACACGCUAGGUCUGCUUCCCACGAACAACGUGACAAAGCGAGACGACGUGGCCGGCGGGGGCACGGGCAGCGACUUUUCCGGUUUCAUUGGGAGCACCGCGGGGUGUCCGACGACCCAGCGGAUCGUGUACAUGGGGGUCGCUGCAGAUUGCGAGUACACGUCCAAGUACGGCGACACGGACAACGCGACGCAGGCGAUCAUCACGAACUGGAACACCGCCAGCGCUCUGUACAAGUCCACCUUCCAAGUCAGUCUGGGCAUCGUCGAGCUCCAAGUGCACGAGCCGACUUGCCCUUCGAGCGCUCCCGCGGAUGCGCCUUGGAACGUCGCCUGCUCUGAGUCCGUCACGCUCAACGACCGGCUUUCAAUCUUCUCCCAGUGGCGUGGUGCCAAGGGCGAUGAUGGUGCUGGGCUAUGGCAUCUUAUGUCGGGGUGUCCCACCGGUUCCGAGGUCGGUAUCGCCUGGCUGGCUACCCUCUGCACCCAGAGCGCUUCUGGCCAGAGCCCGUCGGUUGUCUCUGGCACCGCGGUCUCCACCGCGGGCCGCACAGAAUGGCAGGUCGUGGCGCAUGAGAUUGGACACAACUUCGGUGCUAUCCAUGACUGCGCGGACGGUUGUUCAUGCACAAAUGGAUGCGAGACCGAUUCGACCAACUGUUGUCCACUCACGACAUCAACCUGCGACGCCAACUCGAAGUUCAUCAUGAGUCCCGUCGCAGAGGCGGGCGAAAUGAACUUUUCGCCCUGCUCCAUUGGUAACAUCUGCUCCCUCAUGGGUGGCACCUCCGGCAGCCGCUCCAACACGACCUGCCUCAUUGACCCCUCCUCGCUCAACUCGCUCACCUCACGGCCGCUGAUCACGCUCAAGAUGUGCGGCAACGGGAUCGUCGAGGACGGUGAGGAUUGCGACCCUGGCCUUGGCUCCAACAGCACCUGUUGCGACGUCUCGACGUGCAAGUUCACUUCCGGCGCGGUCUGCGACCCGGACAGCUCCCCCUGCUGCACGAACACGUGCGGCUUCGCGCCGAGCACACAAACCUGCCGCCCCGCCGUCGACAGUCGGUGCGACACCGCGGAGACGUGCACGGGGACCAGCAGCGCGUGCCCCGCGGACGUGUUCUCGCCCAACGGCCAGAGCUGCGGAUCGGAUGGGCUCGCGUGCGCCAGUGGACAGUGCACUUCGCUCGACCAACAAUGCGCUCAGGUCGGCGCGUCUAUGGGGCUCAAGUCGGCGUGCCCGAGCAACAACGACAAGUCGUGCCAGGUGUCGUGCGAGGACCCGAACAACUCGAACCAGUGUGUCGUCCUCCAGUCGAAUCUCAUCAACGGCUCGCCCUGCGGCUACGGCGGGCAGUGCCAGAACGGCAACUGUCAGGCCGGCAGCUUCUGGGAUACCUUCAAGGCAUGGUACGUCCAGAACCUGCAGAUCUCUAUCCCGGUCACCGUCGUCGUCGGCGUGAUCGCGCUCCUCAUCCUCUACGGCAUCUUCCGCUGUACGUGCUUCCCUCAUCUCCUACGGCAUCGAAGUCCUAAUGCCUCCCCAGGCCUCCGCAACGGGUGCUGCGGCGGCGACCGCCCCGUGAAGGCGCAACGCCUGCCGAGCUAUCCCGGGCCCGCGCCGAUGAACUUCGACCCCUCCACCAUGGUUCGCCAGGACGCCACAUGGCGGCCGCAAACGGGCAUGCGCGGUCCCAACGCACCCGCGACCGUCGUCGCCGCCGCCGUUCCCCGCCAGUCUUCGCAUUCUUCGCACUCCCGGUCCACGCGCAACGACAGCGCGAGCGGCAGCGGCGUCCGUCCCGGCGUCGGCGUCGUUGGUGUCAGCCGCAGUGGCAGCGGGGGCGGGGGCGGAGGCGGAGGCGGGGGGUCGGCCCCCAGUAGAAGCGGGCCCCCGAUCUCGAGCCGGACGGUCGUCCCUGGCGCGAGCGGGCACCGGACGAAGGGGGGUAGCGGGCACGGGAGCGACGCGCCGCAGCGGCCGCCAGACCCAGCUCGGCCGGGCAGGUCCGGCUGGGUGGAUGAGACGCUGUAUAACGGCCAGCGAUGA